UAUCAUCAAAUUUAUUAGUACUUCACAGAGAGAUGGCUUUCAAAGUUGCUUUGAUAGGUUUUUUCUUAGUUAUGUUUCUUUUGAUUUCUUCACAACUGGCACACUCCUUUGACUCUGACAAUACGGUCGAUGAUGACAACUACGGAGAUCAAUAUGGCGGAGGCGGAGGAAACGGAGGAGGUGGAGGCGGUGGCAAUGGCGGAGGCGGUGGUAGUGGCGGAGGUGGUGGCAGUGGUGGAGGCGGAGGAUAUGGGGGCGGAAGUGGUAGUGGUAGUGGUAGUGGGGGCGGAUACGGAGGUGGAAGUGGAAGUGGUAGUGGGGGUGGAUACGGAGGCGGUAAUGGGGGUGGUAGUGGUAGUGGGGGCGGAUAUGGCCGUGGUGGCGGAGGAGGCCGUGGCGGGGGAUAUGGUGGUGGGUCCUGCCGUCACGGUUGUUGUCGUUGCUGCAACUAUGCUGGUGAAGAGAAGGCAAAUUAGGCAAAUCAUAGUUCAAUAAGAUGUGCCACAUCAAACUUCUUUCUCAUUGUUGUGUUUAAAUUGUGAAAUCAGUUGUUACAUUAUACUAAUAAAAAAGGGUGUACUAUUAUUAUUUA